AUGUCCACCACGACAGUCACAACGCUUGAGCCGGCGUCCCUCAACCUGGCCAGCUCACCCCGGUCCAUCCCUCCCGCCCAGGAAGCGCCCACCGCCACAGCCCGCCCGGGUCCGUCAGCCGCCCUGAGUGCCUGCGCGACUGGCGGUUACGAAGUCGAGGGCAUCCCCCAGUUUGACGACCCCUACAAGAAGCGUCGAUGGCAGCUCGAGCACCUGGCCGGUGCCUUCCGGGUAUUCGCCCGCAAGGGAUACACGGAGGGUACGGCCGGGCACAUCUCCGUCCGCGACCCCGUUGACCCCUCAACGUUCUGGAUCAACCCCCUCGGAGUCCACUUCGGCCUCCUGACGGCCUCGGACAUGGUACACAUCAACGAGGAGGGCCACGUAAUCGGCGGUGCGCGCCGGCCCGUCAACGCGGCGGGCUUCAUGAUCCACAGCGCCAUCCACAAGGCCCGCCCGGACAUCAACGCCGUGUGUCACACGCACUCCCCCGCCGGAAAGGCCUGGUCCACCUUUGGUCGUCCCGUCGACAUCAUCAACCAGGACAGCUGCACCUUCUACGGCAUCCAGACCGUCUACGAGAACUUUGGGGGCGUCGUCCUCGAGAAGGAGGAGGGCGAGCGCAUCGCCGCCGCCCUCGGCGACGGGAACCGCGUUGCCAUCCUGCAGAACCACGGCCUCCUCACCGCAGGGGCCACCGUCGACGAGGCUGCCUACCUCUUCACCGCACUCGAGAGGACCUGCGAGGUACAGAUCAUGGCUGAGAGCACAAACCUCCCCAAGAAGAUCAUCGGUCACGAUGAGGCCCAGUACACCGCCAACGUCAAUGCCGAUCCCGAUACCCUCUAUGCCGAAUUCCAGCCCGAUUUCGACUAUGAGAUUCGGAAAUCAAAGGGAGAGCUUAGCAAGGGUAUUUGA